CGGUAGAGCGAGCGCCUCUUCUUCUGAAGGACGCCUGGACCUCGCGCGUAUCCAGGACUUUAUUAUUUUAUUCCUCUCUUUUUCUCCUCCUUUCCUACCGUUCUCUUUCCCACGAGAUGAGUGACUGAUCCAGAGAGGGUCCUACGCGCUGUUAUUCUAAAGUUUUGGGUCGGUUAGAAGGAGAGGAUGACGAUGAGGUCCGAGGUCAUCGCGCUGUGCUUCCUGUUCGGAGCCGCGGCACACGCACAGGCCGUCCCAGAAUGCAACAAGAAACAUGAGUGUCCUAUAGAUGUGUACUUUACGAUCGACACGUCUGAGACCAUCGCCCUGCAAGAACCUCCCCCUGGAUCACUGGUGGAGAGCAUUAAGAUGUUUACAGAGCGCUUUGCAGAGCGUCUGGAGGAUGCUGACUAUAAAGGUCUGGUCCAGAUCCGAUGGCAGUUAGGAGGACUACACUUCUCCCAGACACAACAGAUCUUCAGCCGCAUACAGGCCAAGGACGCCUUCAUCCAGGGUUUGAGGAAUAUCCGGUACCUGGGUAAGGGAACCUACAUCGACUGCGCCCUCGCUAACAUGACACAGGAAAUGUCACGUUCGCCCUCUAACCCCGGAGCGCUGCGAUUCGCUGUCGUCAUUACCGACGGUCACGUGACAGGAAACCCGUGUGGCGGGGUGAAGGUGACGGCCGAGCGUGCGCGCGACGAGGGCAUCAGAAUGUUUGUGGUCGCGGCAACGAAGAACGUGGACGAGACAGGUCUGAGGGAGAUUGCUAACUCUCCGGCCAACGUCUACAGAAAAGACUUCCUGGCUGUCGACCUCAGUGGCAACAAGCCUGUUAUACAGCUGGACACUAUAGACCGCAUCAUCAAGACCAUGACCCAUCUGGCCUAUCAGGAGUGCUACAAGGUGAAGUGUCUGGAGACAGAUGGACCUCCUGGUCCUGAAGGACACCGAGGACAGAAGGGAGCUAAAGGAGACAACGGCAACGCCGGACCUAAAGGCGACAGGGGAAGACAGGGCGACCCCGGCAUCGAGGGUCCCAUCGGUCAACCAGGAGUCAAGGGUGAAAUAGGUAUCAAAGGUGAAAAGGGGGAGAUCGGAGCCGAGGGGAAGAAGGGUGUGGCCGGCCUCGCUGGACGCAACGGGACAGACGGACAGAAGGGGAAGAUCGGACGCAUCGGCGCUCCCGGCUGCAAAGGAGAUCCAGGAGACAGGGGUCCUGAUGGUCACCCAGGAGACGCGGGCGAUGGUGGUCUUCCUGGAACGGAUGGAGAGAAGGGAGAUCCCGGUCGCUCAGGAAGAGCAGGCCCCCUCGGCCCGGUGGGAGUCUCUGGACCUAAGGGUGAGAGAGGGAGUGCUGGCACACCUGGCUUCCCAGGAAACAAAGGAACACCAGGAACCGCUGGAGGCCCGGGACUCAAUGGAGAACUGGGGAGAAGAGGAGACUUUGGGCCAAAGGGGACCCCGGGAACAGACGGAGUUAAAGGAGACAAGGGCGAGGCAGGACCUGAGGGGCUGAGAGGACUACCAGGUGAAGUAGGAAACAAAGGAACCAAGGGAGACAACGGACUCCCGGGGCCACGCGGGCCCCCCGGCACUUCAGGAGCGGCAGGGAAGAACGGUACCCGUGGCGACCCUGGUGAUGCUGGACCUAGAGGAGACCCCGGCCUUCCAGGACUAAAGGGUGACAUUGGAAGAGCUGGUUUCAGUUACCCAGGACCAAGAGGAUCAACGGGAGAUCGCGGGGAGAAGGGUGGCCCAGGGCCCAGGGGAGGCAGAGGAGACUGUGGCCCCAAGGGAGGACCAGGGGGAAAGGGAACCUCUGGAGAGGGGGGAGAACCAGGGCCUCAGGGAGAACCUGGAUUCAGAGGACCAAGAGGAGUGGGUGGACGAGACGGAGAUCCAGGUCCUGAGGGAGACCCCGGCCUCACAGAAUGUGAUGUCAUGAACUACAUCAGAGAGACCUGCGGCUGCUGUGACUGUGAGAAGCGGUGCGGGGCGCUGGACAUCGUGUUUGUGAUUGACAGCUCAGAGUCCGUUGGUCUCGCCAACUUUACUCUGGAGAAGAACUUUGUCAUCAACACCAUCAACAGACUGGGGUCUAUGGCCAAGGACCCCAACUCAGAGACAGGUACCAGAGUGGGGGUGGUACAGUACAGUCACAGUGGAACCUUCCAGGCCAUCAGGCUCAAUGACUCCAAGAUUGACUCCCUGUCUGCCUUCAAGGAUGCUGUAAAGCGUCUGGAAUGGAUAGCCGGGGGGACGUGGACCCCGUCAGCGCUGAAAUACGCCUACGACCACCUGAUCAAGGACAGCCGCAGAGCUAAAGCCAACGUCACCGUGGUGGUCAUCACAGACGGACGGUUCGACCCCAGGGACGACGACUCACUGCUCACAUACCUCUGCAGCGACCCCAGUGUGGAUGUGAGCGCUAUAGGUAUAGGGGACAUGUUUGACCAGAUAGAGGAGAAUGAGAGCCUGAAGAGUAUAGCCUGUCAGAGAGACGGUAGGGUGCUGGGGAUGAGACGCUUCGCCGACCUGGUGGCAGAGGAGUUCAUCGACAAGAUAGAGACCGUGCUCUGCCCAGAUCCUGUCAUCGUGUGUCCUGACCUCCCCUGUAAAACUGGAGGGGGCGUGCCCGUGCCCGACAGCGUGGCCCCUCCCCCCUGGGAGGAGCUUGCGGAGCAAGGCAGCCCCUCAAUGGUCCCUUCGUCAGUCGGGGGCGUAGCCAGCCUGCUGGGCAGCCUACGGGAGCAGCAGUAUGGGGUUGGCGUGGCGACCAUGGCCUACACGGCUCAGCGGGCUAAGCUAGCUCAGCCAGGCACUGACAGGCAGCAGUGGACCCAGCUGUUCAUCGACUCCUUCAGGCUGGUCUACGGAGACAUCAUGGGAGACCCAGCCAAAGCAUUGGGGCUGUGCUAACGGGCUAAAAGUGCUAGCUAGCAAACUAACAACACUAGCUGAUGAGCUAAUGUUACUGACUGAUGCACUAACGAUGCUAGCUAAUGAGAUAACAGUGCUAACUAAUGGAUUAGGGGUGCUAGCUCUGUGCUUAUAUUGUCAGCUUAAUGCUAAUAUUGUUAGCUAUAUGCUCAGUAUAAGCUCUGUGCUAAUGUUUUAUGCUAAUAUUGUUAGCUAUAUGCUCAGUGUAAGCUCUGUGCUAAUGUUUUAUGAUAAUAUUGUUAGCUCUAUGCGAUCAGUUAUAGGUUUUAGCCUAGUAGCCUAAUACCGCUUGGAAUAUUUUAACCAUAUUAGAUUUAAGCACUUUUUGUUAGUUUGCCUAUAGCUCUGGGAGGAUGCUAACAUUGUUAGUUAUAUGGACAGAGUAGAUAAGCUUCAGGCAGGUGGUACGUUUUGCUGCUAACAUAUCUCUAAGCUUGUUGUUAAGGUGAGUGAUUAGCUACUGCUCUGGAUCUGGGGGUUUUAAAGCCUGGUUAGUUGGACAUUUUAAGACAGUUCAAUAUUAUGUAUAUGGCUGUGAUGUUGAACACAUUUACCACUGUGAACCACUCAAAUCCCUCAAACCACUUGCUGGAUCACUGUAUGAUUCCUCAAAGACACCGUUUUGCAGUUUUGCACAUCGCCAUAGUUACAGCAGCCAUUUUAUUUUUCUGUGAACGUUAGUGUUUGGGUUGGUUAUUCGCAUUACAUGUUAGGCCUAUGGGAUUAUUGGGUAUGUGAUGGGUAGAGAAUUUAUUGAAUGAACAUGAUCUGUUGGAUAAACCUACAUUUAAGUGAAUUAAAUACAUUUAAUAAAACAAACAAACGAAUAAAUAAUUGCUUUAAAAAAAAAAAAAAAAUUACUCUAU